AUGAGCGCUGUACCGCCGUCCCCGCGCAAGUUGAGCAUGAAAAGCAUGCCCUCUCCUCGCAAAUUGAUGAGCAAAACUUUGAAAUCCGUACGGGGACGGCGAAACGCGGAAAAAACUCAAGCGAAAGUUUUAUCAAGUCCGGCCACAACGCUGAAGAAACUCUUCAAGACUCCCUCCAGUCGCAAACAACGUUCCGAUUCGGAAUCCUUACCUUCUGUGCCUCUCAUGGAUUUGGCGGAGGGUGAUGAAGAGGCGGAACGAGAAAAGGAAAAGCUGGAAGAAAAGGAAGAACGGGAACGCAUCCAAGAAGAGAUACAAAAUGAUAUGUCCACUACGGACUUGCCAUCGCCGGAAGAAGAACGAUUAAAGAAGGUGGAAGGGCUAACGGCGAUUGCACCACCCAACUUACUGCUUAGUGACGAUGAGGAUGAAAUUCUCAAUAUUCCCUUGGCAGAUUUGGAGGAUGAUGAUAUCAAUGAUGAUGAUGGAGUAUGCAAAGAACCAGCACGAAAGGAUGAAGCAUCGUCAUCAGCUCCCGCUAGUAAAUCAGAUGAGGAUGACGAUGAUAUCGAUGAUACGGAUCAUGUCGAUGAUACGGAUCAGAUUCUUGCUGCAGAUGAUUACAAAGAGCCAGAGGAUCGUGAUGAUGGUAGAAGAACCUCCGCUUCGAAAUCACCAAAGUCUCCCAAAUCACCGGGACGCAGGAAAACCAAGAUCAAGAAAUCCAAGAGACGGAAGAAAAAGAAAAAGAGCGUCUGCUUUUCCGAAGGUGUAUUGGUCUAUACCGACACACAAGGGACAAGAGAACGACAGGCCAUGUUCUAUUCCGAACAGGAAAUGGACGAUUUCCGGCAGGAUGUGGCCUAUCACGCCAGCAUCCUCAUGGACAACCAUCCCGACAAUGGUGAUUACGUACAGCACGCAAACGCCAAUACUACCAACGGUGGCACCACCUCUGCCGCCACGCUGCCGCAACACGAUUACAACACGGCCCAUGAUUCGGGUUUGUGUCUGCUCGGAGUCGAACAUCACUUUCUGAACGAAACCUACAAGCAAAAACAAAAACUCAAAGCCGUAUUGGCAGUCUUGAUGGAACAAGAUCGACAAUACAAGGAAGAUGGACACUUUACUCCUGCGGACGAUGUUAGCAUGUCCAAGUGUUAUCAACGAGUUUCGAGGAUAAGUCACAAGGAGGCUCAUGAACGUGGAUUGCGAUCACUCAAACUUCAUGGUGACAUUGGCGAUAACGGUGGUGAUCAUCAUGGUGGAAAUCAAAACGGGGAUACCGAACCAUCCUCCUCCGCAAGUUCGAUACAUUCGCGGUGA